AAAUGUCAAAAUACAGUCAAAAAUUGAGUCAACGGUUCCCGCUAAAUCGACGCUAAAUUUAUUUAAUUUAUAAAAAUAAUAAACACAAUUUGUUUGCCAAAUACUAAGUCAAGCGUACUAAUGUAGUUUUAACAACAAAAUGUACAUAAAAUCUAUAGUAUUGGACGGUUUCAAGUCUUAUGGAAAUCGGGUCGAAGUUACCGGUUUUGAUCCCGAAUUUAACGCUAUCACAGGUUUGAAUGGAACUGGAAAGUCUAAUAUAUUAGAUUCCAUAUGUUUUGUGCUAGGGAUCACCAACUUGUCAAAUGUCAGAGCUGGAAGUCUCCAGGAGUUGAUAUAUAAACACGGCCAGGCUGGUAUUAUAAAAGCUACAGUCAGCAUCACAUUUGAUAAUAGAGACAAGAAACAAUGUCCCAUAGGUUAUGAGAAUCAUGAUGAAAUUACUGUUACCCGGCAGGUUGUUAUGGGAGGUAAAAAUAAGUACUUGAUAAACGGUAUUAAUGUCCAGAACAAACGUGUGAGUGAUUUGUUCUGUUCUGUGCAGUUGAAUGUUAACAAUCCUCACUUUCUCAUAAUGCAGGGACGUAUCACUAAGGUGUUAAACAUGAAACCACCAGAGAUUUUGUCAAUGGUUGAGGAGGCAGCAGGCACUAGAAUGUAUGAAGCCAAGAAACAGGCAGCACAAAAGACAAUAGAAAAGAAAGAUGCCAAGUUAAGAGAAUUAAAUGAUAUCAUAAAAGAAGACAUCGCCCCUAAGCUGCAGAAGUUGCAAGAUGAAAGGUCACAAUUCCAGGAGUAUCAAAAAGUAGUAAGAGAGCUGGAGAAUCUUACUAGACUUUAUGUGGCUUGGAAGUAUGUGAGUGCAGAAAAAAGUGCUAAAGAUGCCGAGGCGAAAGUUACAGAAGUGCAAGAUGAGAUUAAAAACAAUAAAGACACUAUUAAAAACAAUGAAAAGGAAUCUAAAGAUUUGGAUAAACAAGUGGCUGAACUCAAUAAGAAGUUAGAUGAAGAAAGUGGCAGCGUUUUAAAAGAUUUGGAAACUGAAUUGCAAAGUUUGGAAAAGUCUGAGGCAUCAGCUGGCGCUGCUCAUAAGGCAGCCAAGGAAUCUGUAGCGUCACAUGAUAAGAAAGCAAGAUUACUCAACCGUGCACUUGCUGACGAUGAAGCUGCGUUGCUUUCCAAGCGUAAGAUCUUGGAUAAGGAGUCGUCUUCGUACGAAGGUCUGAAGGCCGCGAGCGAAGCCGCGGCGACAGCAUUAGCGGAGGCCCAACAACGUUUCCUGGCUGUCAGUACUGGUCUCGAAGGCACCUCCGAGUCUCUGCAAGAUCAACUCAUGGCGGCAAAAGCAGCCGCUUCAGAAGCUGCUACUCGCAUCGCUCAAAGCAGUAUGGAACGAACUCACGCUCAGCGGCGGCUGGAAACAUUACAGAAGGAAGCUUCAGCAUCCUCGGCCCAGCAUGCUCGCGACCAAGAAACGUUACGCGGUCACGAGAACCAAAUUAAAAAACUCCAGGCAGAACUCUCCAAUAUGAACUUUAGUGAAGAGAGGAAUAGUUAUCUCAAGGAAAACGUACGCUCAUUGCAAUCCCUAAUACGCUCCAAGCGGGACACAGUCGACAAUUUAUCAGCAAGAUUGCAACGAUGCGACUUCAAGUAUUCGCCGCCGCAGCCAAAUUUCGACAGCAGAAGGGUUUCGGGUACAAUAUGUAGCUUGAUUGAUGUUUGUGACUCAAUGUACUGUACUGCAUUAGAAACUGCCGCGGGUGGGAGGUUGUACAAUGUAGUGGUAGACACAGAUGCCACGAGCAAACUCCUCUUACAACGCGGCAACUUGCAAACGCGUACUACUAUUAUACCGCUCAACAAGAUCACAGGACAUGUUAUUGAUGCUGCUACGGUACGGAGAGCGCAACAGAUUGGCGGUGGAGCGGAGAACGUACAGUUAGCUUUAGAUCUGAUCUCUUUCGAACCGCAUCUGCGUCCUGCUAUGGCGUGGGUAUUCGGAAGCACUUUAGUUUGCCGCGACUUGGAGACUGCGAGGAAAGUGACGUUCCAUCCGGAUGUACGUCGCCGGUGUGUUACGCUCGACGGCGACGUGUGUGAUCCGGCCGGUACGCUAUCUGGCGGCGCGAGAGCUAAGGGUGGAUCGGUGUUAGUGCAAUUGCAAGAAUUGAAAGAAGCAGAAGCUGCCUUGCAGCAAGCUGAGGUACAGUUUGCUCAGUGUAGUUCAGAACUCUCUGCUAUGCAGCAUACCGCUGAACAGUAUGCGGCUACACAGCAAAGGUUGGAGAUGGUGACAUACGAACUUGGUGUAGCGCGGGCUCGUCUCGCAACCACAACACAUGCGCAGGCGCAUAGUGAAAUAGAAGCUUUGCGGGCACAGGUUCAAGAGUUGGAAGCGGCUGUGGAAAGCGAUAAAGCGACUCAGAAAGAGAUGGCAGCUCGUGCAAAAGAACUAGAAGUUAAAGUCAAAGAUAUAAAAGGCCAUAGAGAACGAGAAUUCAAAAAGGCAGAAGAGGCUCUAAAGAAAGCUAAAAAGGAGGCUGAACAAAAUAGUAACUCUUGGAAACAAAGAGAACAGGAGUUUGAGACCUUACGGCUUGAAGUUAUGGAACUCGAACAAGCUGUGCUGGCUAGCAAACAAGCAUUACAGGACACAAAAGAAGCCGCAUCAGCCCUUCAAGAGACUUUGAAGGUGGCGAAAGAAGAACAUUUUAGUGCUAUGGAAAGUGUUAAAGAGAUCCAAUCUCGCAUAAAGAAACAAAAAGCGGAAAUAGCGAGUAGGAGUAGCGAUAUAGCGCGUCUGCAUCAAAAGAAGGAACAACUUGCCAAAAAUAACAAUGAGCUUGAACUCAAGAUAAAAGAGUUGGAUUACAAGAUGAAAGAACUGCAAGCGGAGGCGGUGGAAUGCUCUAAAAAGAUAAAAUCGUUGGAAGAGGAGCACACUUGGAUCCCAUCGGAGAGGGAAUACUUUGGGGCUGCCGGGGGUUUGUAUGAUUUUGCCGCUCGACAAGCGAGCGUCGCCGGACAACGAUUGCAGCAGUUAGCUGCUCGACGUGAUAAACUAGCUCGCGGUCUUAACGCUAGAGCUCAUACACUGCUUGGCAAAGAGGAGGAACAGUAUCAAGACGUGAUGCGUAAAAAGAAGAUAGUGGAAGCUGACCGCGCGAAAUUAGUUCAAGUGAUGGCUGAAUUGGACGAGAAGAAGAAAAAGACGCUAGUGGCGGCUUGUGAACAAGUGAACAAAGACUUUGGUUCUAUAUUCAGUACUCUUCUGCCAGGUGCUCAGGCUAAAUUACGGCCUCCACCGGGUCUUACCGUUUUAGACGGCCUUGAGGUGAAAGUGGGUUUUAACAACACUUGGAAGGAAUCAUUGGGCGAAUUAAGCGGUGGGCAGCGUUCGCUAGUGGCUUUAUCUCUCGUAUUAGCCAUGCUUUUGUUCAAGCCGGCACCACUGUAUAUUUUAGACGAGGUGGAUGCCGCAUUAGAUUUGUCCCAUACGCAAAAUAUUGGAUUAAUGCUGCGGGAUCAUUUCAAGCAUUCUCAGUUCAUUAUUGUGUCGCUGAAGGACGGUAUGUUUAACAAUGCGAACGUACUGUUUCGUACUAAGUUUGUAGACGGUAUGUCUUCCGUGCAACGAACUGCCAAUCACCGCCGAUGACUUCUAACACAGUGAAGGUUAAAUAUUAUUUACUUUUAAAGUAUGCAGACCAAGUCAAAUAUCUUUGAAUAAGUAACGAAAUUACCGAAUAGGAUAGUUGAUUGUGGUAAAUUGUUGUAAAAGUCGAAAAUGCAAUGGGAUUAACGGCGCCGAGAUUAACUCCAAAUGUAGCCAGCCAUACCUUUUUGUCCGAAAAUGAUCUUUAUUACAAGGCUACAGAGUACCCACGGGUUACUUGUAUUUGUUGAGUGCUGCAAAGUACAUUUUGUAUUUGCAGGUGUAAUUAUUUUUGUGAUUUCAAAAGCAAUGAAAUGAAUUAUAUAGGGUUAAGCACGUUCGUAUACGUCAAUACAAAAUAAUAUUACAGCAUACUGUAAAUAAGAAAGUUUUGGUGCUAGUAAUGAAGUUUAAUGUUGAGGUAAACAAAAAUAUGACUUGUAUACAUGCACCAUUAAUAUUCUAAUUUUCGAUUUUUAUUGUUUCAUGUAUUUUUGGAAUAGUUUGGAAAAGAUCUCUCUUUUUUGGGCAUAGUUUCAUAUAGUAUAUGUUAAUGCAGAAUAAGAGACAAACGUCUAUCAGCCAUUUGCACAAAUGUCCAUUACAAUUAAAAUUAUAAUAAAUUAAAAUUUUCAUUAGUUUAAAGCGACAUUACCCAUACAAGUUUGACAUUCAUUAGAGCUUAAACGCGUCAUUAAACCUUAAUGGACGUUUGUGCAACAGACUAUAUGUUUGAUAAAUUAAUAACCAGUGAUUGAUUCAAUAAUAUUUCUUUCUUUCAAUGUAUCAGAGAUAUUUAUAACAGAAUUUUCCUGUUGGUUUUCUUCGUCUUACAGUCUAAUAGUUUUUAUAGCUCCAAACCAUUGAAAUAUUAUGAUUACCGAUGCCAACAUAAUUUUGUUCAGAAAAUGUUUCCUUCUGACAAUAAUCGCAAACGAAACGAAAUUUCUUUAGACUAUUUAUGCGCGCUGCAGCAGGUCAACCAAUAUCAUUCCAUUAGUAUAAAAUUUCUAGAAAUUGAUCGUUGUCUGGUCGUAACUAAGAAUUUGCGGAAUAACACUCGCAAAUCGCAUUCGUUAUGAAGAGAUAACAGCCUGAAUGGAAGUGUAUAUGUAAAAAGCACAAGAUUCGUGCUCUGUUGGUUCAGACAUGUGUAAAGAAUGUUGGAGAAAGAAUGACAAAACUGUUGUCUGCCGCGAGUGAUCCGGCGAGAAAACGAAGAUAUACUUCUUUUCUGAAACAAUAUGGUACAAGUUUUUCUUUUUAGUAAUUUGUGCCAUAUCCAUCAGUCUUAAGAGUUUUAUUUCUUCAAAGGAAAUAAUUUAGGUGUUCGCCUAGAUAAGGUGGAUUAACGGCGCAGCGUCCGUAUAAAAAGUCAAAUCUUUAGUCAUCUGGUAUUUUUCUGGGCGUGCGGCGUAUUUGCCUACUUUCAGUGAUUAGUGAGAUUCGACGCGUUUCAUACAACUCAUUAUAAAAUUAGAUUUUUGGGCUCAUUCGGCGCGUUUGAUGAAGAUAGUCGGCGUGCACUAGAAAAUAAUAUAAUACGUAUUUUUUUUUGUAACCCAUGAUUAUAAAUAUUUUAUUUUCUUAACAAAGAUAAUAAAAUGAGACUAUUUGUAAAUAUUUUUCUAAGUACUUUUGGUCGUGCAUAUUUUAAGGCUGCACUUUAAUAGAUUUAAGGUUUGUUUAAAUAAAAGUAUAAUAUUUUUG